AUGGGGUCCGUCCACGUGCGACCAUGUGUUGAUGAGUUAAAUUCUAGCUCACCUUUUGAACCUACUCAAAUCACCCUUCUCUCCUCUCACUCCCCUCCCCCACUGCCCUUGACUAUGCCCCCGCAGUGGUGGUGGGGUCUGUCCACGGGCGACCAUCCAGAGCUCAUCAAGGCCCGCUUCGCCAGUGUAAGCACCGUACUGCUGCAGAGAGCGCAUGAGCCAGCAACUCUGUGGGACAACCCCGUGAAGGGCAAGUGGCAGCAGUGCGUGCGACCCUCCCCUGCAUACGCUGAAGCGCCCCUGUACGAGUCAACGGGGUAUCUGCAGGUGUUCUUGGAUGGUGGCCUCAACCAGCAGCGCAUCAGCAUCUGCAAUGCGGUGGCAGUGGCUCGUCUGCUCAACGCCACUCUGCUCAUCCCUCACUUUCAGAUCAACCCUGUGUGGCUCGACGACAGCCAGUUCGAGGACAUAUUCGAUGUAGAGCACUUCAUGCGCUACCUACAGCGCGAUGUGCUGAUAGUGAGGCAGCUGCCGCACAAGUACCGGUGGAGCACGCGGGAGUUCUACAGCACGGGCGUGCAUCAGAACCGCAUCAAGUUCGCGCCCAUGCACGCCUCCCCCGAGUGGUACCUCAAGAACGUGCUGCCGAAGCUGCAGCGCCAUGGAGUGGUGGCAAUAGCGCCCUUCACCCACCGCCUUGCCUUUGACGGGCUGCCUCCAGACGUGCAGCGCCUGCGCUGCCGUGUGAACUUCCAUGCGCUGCGAUUCGUGGAGCCCGUCCGCAGGCUCGGGAGGAUUCUGGUGGAGCGACUGAGAGACCCCAACAGGCGGCAUGUGAAGCGAGGGGUGCUGUUUGGGAAGGGAGUUGCAGGAGGAGGCUCUGCUGGUGCUGGUGCUGGUGCUGGUGCUGGUGCUGGUGCUGGUGCUGGUGCUGGUGCUGGUGCUGGUGCUGGUGCUGGUGCUGGUGCUGGUGCUGGUGCUGGUGCUGGUGCUGGUGCUGGUGCUGGUGCUGUUGCUGGUGCUGGUGCUGGUGCUGGUGCUGGUGCUGGUGCUAGUGCUGGUGCUGGUGCUGGUGCUGGUGCUGGUGCUGGUGCUGGUGCUGGUGCUGGUGCUGGUGCUGGUGCUGGUGCUGGUGCUGGUGCUGGUGCUGGUGCUGGUGCUGGUGCUGGUGCUGGGGUAGGAGAGGAUGGAGAGAGGGCGGAGAUUGUGAGUGAAGGAAGAGAGGAGACGAAGGAAACGUUUAAAGAGGCUCUUGCAGGGGAAGGAGAGGGGAAGGGAGGGCGGGAGAGGGAGGAGGGUGUGGGUGGAGGCGAUGUGUCAGGUGCUGCUGGUGUGAGGGUGAUUGAAGAUGGAAAAGGCCUGUCUGGGAUAUCGACUCGUGCAGAUGGUGAUGGUGAUGGUGAUGGUGAUGGUGAUGGUGAUGGUGAUGGUGAUGGUGAUGCUGGUGGUGGUGGUGAUGCUGGUGGCUUGCAGCAAGGGAGCAAGGGUGGUAUCGAAGCAGUGGAGGAGGAUGAGGAAGGCGAAGAGAGGGAGGGGGAGGCGGAGGGGGGAGACGAGGCGGCAAGGGAGAGAGUGAGACGGGCGUUGCGUGCAGGGCGAGAGGGGCGAGUGGUUCCGGUGAGAGCAGGGAGCAUCACUGCUGGGAAUGGCAGUGCGGGGAAUGGGAGUGGGGGGAAUGGCAGUGCGGGGAACAGCAGUGGAGUUGGGAAAGUGGAGGUGAUGGGGAAAGCAGUGCAGGCGGGAUCCGCAGCAGCAGCAGCAGCAGCAGCAGCAGCAGCAGCAGCAGCAGCAGCAGCAGCAGCAGCAGCAGCAGCAGCAGCAGCAGCAGCAGCAGCAGCAGCAGCAGCAGCAGCAGCAGCAGCAGCGGCAGCAGCAGUGGCAGCAGCAGCAGCAGUGGCAGCAGCAAGGAGGGUGGACAUGGUGGCGCACUCAGCGUGUGACUAUGGCGAGACGUGGGCGGAGCGCGAAGCUUUAUCAAAGUACCGAGAGUAUGCGUGGCUGGGGCGAGUGGACAAGCUGCGCUUCUCCUCUGAUGAGCUGCGCCUGGCCGGCAAGUGCCCCCUCACACCAGAAGAAGUGGGACUCGUGCUGGCUGCUCUCGGCUUCUCUGGCAAGACAAGGCUCUAUGUGGCCACCUAUCAGGUGUAUGGAGGGGAGAAGCGCAUUGCCCCCCUGCGCCGCCUGUUCCCGUGGCUGGAGGAUAAGACGAGCCUGGCGACGGAGGAGGAGCUGCAGCCGUUCCUGGGGAAGGCGUCGCUGCUGGCAGCACUGGACUUCUAUGUGAGCCGCUACAGCGACGUGUUCGUGUCCGCCUCCCUGGGCAACAUGCACAACGUGAUGGCUGCACACCGUGCGUACUUUGGCGGUUUAAAGACGAUCAACUUCAACGGUACACUCCUGGCAACGCUGCUUGCGGCCCCUCCAAACACCCUCAACUGGAACGAGUUCGUUCGCGCCGUGCAGAUCGGGCAUCGGUCGCGAAUGGGCAAGAUCAAGCCGAGGCGUGCUGGGCAAUCCAUCUACACCUAUCCUGCUCCCGAUUGCUUGUGCCCUAUUGACGUACCACCGUCGCAGCCCGCGACUCGCACCGUAACAAGAUACAAGAAGGCAGCUGAGGGUCGUCGCCGACUGAGACUACUGACGACACUGCAGUCGCUCUACUCCUUCCUGCGAGUCCUCAUAGCAGCCUCGCUCAUGGCCCGGCCGCUCAUCACAGCACGCCUGCACGGCAGCACGGGUGUGGGGCCACAGGCGCUGCAGAUAGACGUGAAGGAGUCGCUAGCAGCAGCACUGGGAGCAGCUGCUGCUCUCACAGGGAAUCUAGCAUCCGGCACAUCUCGCGCGCGAGUGCUCAAGCUGUACGCCUCGCUCUCCCUCAUGGCCUGCGUUGCAGCGCUCUUGCCCCUCCUCACUGGCCCUCUUGUCUAUCCGGAGAAAUGGAUGACUGUGAGGAAGAAUGGUAGCAGCAACAGUGCGGAGGGAGCAGAUAAUCUGGAGCAGCUUUGGACUGCUGUAGCCACGGCCAGCAUUGCCAUUGACAUGGCAG